AUGGCUACCAUUAAUUCCUCCGACGAAGAACAUCAACACUUUGCUUACGCUAUGCAGCUGGCUUCCUCAUCAGCGCUGCCGAUGACACUCCAAACAGCGUUCGAGCUCAGUGUGUUCGAGAUCUUGGCGAGGGCUGGCCAUGGGGUCGAGCUCUCUCCGACAAAGAUAGCGGCUGAGAUAACCACUGCAAACCCAGAUGAGGCAUCGAUGAUUUAUCGGAUCCUGAGACUGUAUAGUCUCAACUCGGUUUCUAAGUUUUACGUUCGAAAUGAAGAUGGAGUGUCAUUGGGUCCUAUGAUAUCCUUGAUUCAAGAUAAAGUCUUUCUUGAUAGCUGGAGCGAGUUGAAGAACGCUAUUGUAGAAGGUGGAAUUCGAACAUGGGGAGCGCAUGCCUUUGAGUAUCCUAGCAUGGAUCCAAGAUCUAACAAAAUUUUCAAUACUGCAAUGUCAAAUCAUGCUACGAUGGUGGUGAAAAAGAUUGUUGAGUCCUACAAAGACUUUGAAAACAUCAAGCAACUAGUUGAUGUUGGUGGUGGCUUAGGGGUCACACUUCAAAUCAUUACCUCUACAUACACUUCAAUCAAAGGCAUCAACUUUGACUUGCCUCAUGUCAUUCAAUGUGCCCCAAUUUAUCCAGAUAAGAGAAAUAUGCCAUCGAGUAUUGAAGAUGAGACGGAUAUGGCAUCAAACUUUGAAGAUGAGAAGAAUAUGCCAUCAAGCUUUUGA